AUGGCUUCCGACACUACCGUACCCGUCAUCACCCCCCUUGCCCAUCCCGAGGGCUCCAAGCUCGACUUUGGAGCUACGGUAUCAGGAGUCGACAUUGAGAACUUGACUGACCGCGAUUUCGCCAUCCUCCGCACCGCCGUCUUCACCCACCAAGUCCUCGUCAUCAAGUCCCAAUCCCACGUCAGCCCGCGCGCCCAGUACGAACUAACGCAACGCUUCGACCCUCUCGCCGCCCCCCUCUACGGCCACGGCAACACCGACUCGGGCUCGGUCGGCAGCAAAUCCAUCCUCCACCCCGACCUCAAGACCAUCCCGCACCAGCCCCAAGUCCAAGUCAUCGGCAACGGCUUCGUCCCCACCUACGAAGGGCUGUCCAACAUCCAGCUCCGCCACCCUCACCACCGCACAUUCCACUCCACCUCCAUCCCCGCCUCCCACGACCUCACCCACACGCGUUUCUACCGGUGGCACAUCGAUGCCGCUCUCUACGGCGGCGUCGCCCGCGCCCCUCCCGUGGUAACCACGCUCUUAGCCGUCAAGGUCCCCAAAGGCCGCAGGCAGACGUGCGUCUACGACGACGGCACCGGCGAUGAGCUGGAUGUUCCCCUCGGCACCACCGCUUUCGUGUCCGGGUACAAGAUGUACGACAUCCUCUCGGAAGCGCAAAAAGCCUUUGCGCGCUCGACCCGCGUCGAGUAUGCGCCGCAUCCGUACGUGUGGAUGUCGAGCGCCAAGUCACGCAGCACUGGCCUGGGCUUAGUGUCGGAGGGGAAGGAGAUGCCGAUGGAGGACCUGCCCGAGAUUGAAGAGGACAAAAUUCAGAUCUUGCCCAUGUGCUGGCGGAACCCCGUGACGGGGAAGCUGGCGCUGCAGGUACAUCCUAGCGCGGUGAGGAGGCUACACCUUGGGGAUGGGACGGUGGUGGAGGAUUUGAAGGAAGUGAGGGAGAUUGUUUAUGGAUUACAGAGGCCAGGGAUUGCGCCGGGCUUGGUGUAUGCGCAUGACUGGGAGGAGGGCGAUUUGGUCAUCUUUCACAAUAGGGGCACGUUGCAUAGUGUUGUGGGAGCGUUUGAGGAGAGCGAGGUGAGGUUGUUUAGGCAGUGCAAUAUUGCUGGGAGUGAGUUCCCGAUGGGGCCGGAGGAGUUGGAGGAGGAGGAGGAGAAGGAGAAGGAGGAGGAGAAAGAAGAGGAGCUGGUACAUGCAGAACAGGAAGAAGGGGUCGUGGAGGUUACCAAGCAGGAAAGCCUUCCUGAACUGAGGAUGGGGGCGGUAGAGGUUGGUGUUGCUGCUUGA